CGCCAAUAAAUACAUUGAAAGGGGUUAAUUGCGACGUUUACCUACCAAAGUCCACACAGGUUGUAACAACGCGUCGGGAAGAUGAGCGUUCGCAGCAUGGAGCAGAAAGACAAGAAGGUCCUUUGCAUUGGUCUUGUGUGCCUUGACAUCAUCAGCGUGGUGGAUAAAUAUCCAGAAGAAGACACUGACAACAGGUGCGUGUCACAGCGAUGGCAGCGAGGCGGCAAUGCUUCCAAUUCCUGUACGGUGCUUUCACUGCUGGGGACCUCCUGCGCCUUCAUGGGCUCUCUGUGUGCUGGACCUGUGGCCAGUUUUAUUUUGGAGGACUUUCAGAAGUUGAACAUCGACAUGUCUCUGGUGUCUGAGCACGCUCAGUGUGUCACGCCAACAUCUUUGGUCAUCAGCAGCAGCAGCACAGGAAGUCGCACAAUCCUGCACAUCAACAGGAACGUCCCUGAUGUGACGGCAGAAGACUUCUCCAAAGUGGACCUGAGUCACUUCAAGUGGAUCCACUGGGAGGGGCGCAAUGUCGACGAGCAACUGAAGAUGAUCCAGCAGGUGGCACGCCACAAUGCCGCGUUGCCGUUGCAACAGCAAAUCACCAUCUCUGUGGAAAUUGAGAAGCCUAGAGAGCCGCUGUACGAGCUGUUUGCGUACGGCGACGUGGUAAAUGUGUUCGUCAGCAAAGACGUGGCUCGCCACCUCGGCUUCCAAACGCCGCAAACUGCUCUGGAAGGACUCCGCUGCCGUGUCAAAGUUGGGGCGGUCGUCAUCUGUGCGUGGGCCGAAAAAGGGGCGGACGCGCUGGCUCCUGAUGGCUUGCUCGUCCAUUCGGAUGCUUUCCCUCCGGAACGUCUCGUGGACACGCUUGGUGCGGGGGACACGUUCAACGCUGCCGUAAUCCACAAACUAUCCAACGGUGCCCGUUUAGAGGAGGCGCUGACCUUUGGCUGCAGAGUGGCAGGCGGGAAGUGCGGUUUCCAUGGUUACGGCGGCAUUGCAGACAUGGUGACCGGCCAAGAGUGACUCUUGUUUGACAGACUGGUAUCACGAUUUAUUGUCAUUUUACUUUAUAAGGACACUAUGGAUAAAUAAAGUGUGUUGGCAAACAA